AUGUUAAAUACGUUCAACGGAUUAUCAACAAUAAUCAAAAGAUCAACAUCAUCUCGUAUUCAUACUCAAAUACCAAAAUUAGUACUGCAUAAUCAGAGAUUCAAAAUGUCAACUCAAUCAGUAUAUAUCGUUUCAGCUUCUAGAACACCCGUAGGAUCAAAAGAUGGUUCUUUGGCAACUCUGACUGCACCUCAAUUGGGUGUGGUAGCAGUCAAACAUGCUUUGGAAAAAGCGAAUUUAUCAGCUGAUAAAGUGGAAGAAGUCUAUCUUGGUAAUGUAGUCCAAGCUGGUGUGGGACAAAGUCCUGCGAGACAAGUCGUCAUUGGUGCUGGUAUCCCCGACACCACUGACGCUACCACGAUCAACAAAGUUUGUGCUUCAGGUAUGAAAGCUAUCAUGCUCGCUGCUCAAAACAUCCAACUUGGUCAAAGAGGUAUAAUGGUUGCAGGUGGUAUGGAGAGUAUGUCAAAUGCACCAUUCCUUGUCCAACGACAUCUUCCUGCAUUCGGUCACUCUGAGGCCAAAGACUCAUUAGUCGUAGAUGGUUUAUUCGACGUAUACAACAAAGUUCCAAUGGGUAACUGUGCCGAAAACACUGCUGCCAAACACAAUAUCACCAGAGAAGAUCAAGAUGAUCAUUGUCUUUCUUCAUAUACGCGAGCAGAAGAAUCAUGGGCAAAUGGCGCUUUCAACGAUGAAAUCGCACCUGUCACAGUUAAAACCAGAAAAGGUGAUGUGGUAGUUAAAGAAGAUGAAGAUUACAAGAAAUUACUCAAAGAUAAAUUUAGAUCAAUUAGACCAGUAUUCCAAAAAGAGAAUGGUACUGUAACUGCCGCAAAUGCAAGUUCAUUGAACGACGGUGCAAGUGCCGUCGUUCUUGCAAGUGGUGAUAUUGUUGAGAAAGAAGGAUUAAAACCUUUGGCUAAAAUCUUAGGUUUCGCCGACGCAGCUUGUGCACCUAUAGAUUUCCCUACCGCCCCCACACUUGCCGUCCCAGCCGCAUUGAAACAUGCCGGUGUAUCAAAAGACGACAUUGCUUUAUGGGAAUUCAACGAAGCCUUCUCCGUUGUAGCUUGCGCUGCUGAAAAAGUAUUAGGAUUGGACAGAAGUAAAGUCAACGUCAAAGGUGGUGCCGUAGCUUUAGGUCACCCCAUCGGAUCUUCAGGUUGUAGAAUUGUCGUCACCCUCGUUCACGCUUUAAAGAAAGGUGAAAAGGGUGUGGCAGCCAUUUGUAACGGUGGUGGAGCAGCUUCUGCUAUCGUCAUCGAGCGACUUUAA